CUCAGAGCAUGACAGGUGUGGUGAGAGACAUACAAAACACAGAAACAGGUACACAGAAGAGAAGAGAGGGUAGAGAGGGAGAGGUGGAUCACUGGAAUAUAAAAAUACAGGUGGAGUGAAGAUAGAGCUGAGUUCUUGCAUCAAGUGUUGACUGUAAGUAUAGGCUUCAGUGUCUUGCUGCUAUUUCACUUCAUAAAACUACGAAAGAGUGACGUAUGAGUGAAAGACUGAGAUUUCAAAAUUGUCCUAAUUACACAGAAAUGUAAUGUUGCAGAUUAAAGAAAUGCCUGACUUGUUUUUGCAUUGGCAGGAACUGAAACCAACCGUUUUGUGGUGCCGGUGGAAAUAAAUUGACAUUGCGAGACAGAGAGAAAGAAACAGAGACAGAGAAGGAAAGAUGGCCGAGGCCCCGACGAUUGAACUCUUUGUGAAGGCCAGUGUUGAUGCUGAGAGUGUGGGGAACUGUCCUUUCUGUCAGAGACUCUUCAUGAUUCUCUGGUUAAAAGGGGCCAACUUCACCCUCACUACUGUGGACAUGAAGAGGGCUCCUGACGGGCUGAAAGAUUUGGCUCCGGGCUCUCAGCCUCCCUUCCUCAUCUACAACAAGGAGGUCAAAACAGACACCAACAAGAUUGAGGAGUUCCUAGAGGAAACCUUAGCCCCACCAGAGUUCCCAAAAUUGUGCUGUCGUUACAAAGAGUCCAAUGGUGCCGGAGAGGACAUCUUCCGAAAGUUCUCAGCAUAUAUAAAGAAUCCAAACCCCAAACUAAACGACAUGCUGGAGAAUAAGUUUCUGUCAACUCUGGUGAAGCUGAACAUGUACCUAGAGACGCCCCUCCCUCACGAGCUUGACAAGAACCCGAAUGCCACAGAGUCUUCACGCCCCUACCUGGACGGAGACUCCUUCAGCUUGGCAGACUGCAACCUGCUUCCCAAACUCAACAUCGUCAAGGUGGUGUGUAAGGAGUACCGCAACUUUGUAAUCCCCAAAGAGUUGAAAGGUCUGACGCGUUACCUGAAAAAUGCCUACGAAAAAGAUGAGUUUCGUUACACCUGCCCAAAUGACUCAGAGAUCCUCAUUGCCUACCACUCUGUGGCGAAGUACCUGAACAAAUAGCAAAACAAGAGGGAGAGAUAAAAUGGUAUAAGUGAGAACAAAGAAGUAUAGAGUGAGAAAUGUAGAAAACAACAAAGAAAAGGUGACAAAAUGCCUGAAAACUGUAUGCGAUUUAAUCUCUAGUUGCGUCAAAAAAUGGAUAAUAGAUAAUGAAAAUUGUUUGAAGUGGCAUGCUCAAUAAUUUGCUUUGUUUUUAUCAAUUGGGUUGUAUAUAUAUUUGCCAGCUGCUACUUCAAAGUUGCUUAAAAUGUGUAUUUGUAUAUACUUUAUGUACUUUUGCAUGCUCUGGUUGUACUGAUUUCUUAUGCAGCCCCUGUGAGAGUGAAAAAGCACUGUAAAUCCCAGAGAAUAUUUAUGUAAUGUCUCAUUGUGCAUGCAUGUAUUGUAUUGUCUAAUCAUUUAAAUAAUGAUAUGAUUGCAAUUUACUAAUUACAUGAAAUCAGAUGUAACUUUAAAUCAAAUAUAUGUUCAGUGUAAACAGAAAAAAUGACCUUGGCUGUAGAUAAGGGAGACUAAAAAGCUGUUCUUUGCUUUGGAAGUGUCUUUAAAUGGGAAGUUUUAAAGCUAAGUUUUGAAGCUAACAAGGGACAUUGUUUGUCUUAACUGAAAUUAGUUAAACCCCAUAUUAUUUUGCACAGUCCGUCCUCUUAUUUGUUUGUGUGUAUUAUCGACUCAGUGUUGUUUAACAUUGUCAUAAAUUUAAUCUAACUAAAUGAAGAUAGGGUGAAGAAAAAGAAGAUAUUUUGAUAUGGUAAAGACUUUGUGAAAAAUGUUGAUGUUGGUUGUAUGAAUAUUGGGUGUCAUUAAAGUAAAAACAAUAUACAUGUAAAUGUCAACAAAAAUGUUUCACUGUAUAUUGCCUGCAAGUUAAUUAAAUCUGUCACA